AUGAAGUCCGGCCCACAAAAUGGCGACCGGAAGCAUGAGAGCGAGAUAGAUGGAGGGGCAGAAAAAGACUUAGAGGAAAAAAAGCGGAGUUUUGAAACCGCAAUGAAAAAACAGGUGUGUGACAUUAGCCCAAAGAAUAAUUAUGCUGGCAGUGAAGAUGAUGACCUUAUUGGGGAUUUUUCUAAACCUUAUUGUUUACCUGUGGAACGUGGAAAAUAUGAAGACCUUAAAUACAUUACCUGUAGCACGUUAGCCCAUCUUCUUGCUGGAGAACAUAACAAUAUUACACAGGAAUACCAAGUCGUUGACUGCCGUUAUCCAUAUGAAUAUGCUGGAGGACACAUUAAGGGAGCCUGCAAUGCAUUUAGAGAAGAACAACUAACAGAAAUAUUUCUAAAGAAUCCACGUGAUCAACAUAACAAAACCGUCCUGAUCUUUCACUGUGAAUUUUCCUCAAAGAGAGCACCAAAACUGUGUCGGAGGUUAAGAAAUAUGGACAGAAAUGUAAAUGCUUAUCCACAUCUGUACUAUCCUGAACUCUAUAUUUUAAAUGGUGGCUAUAAGGAAUUUUAUGAGCAAUUCAAGAGUCUAUGUGAACCACAAGGCUAUGUGAGCAUGAUAGAUAAGGACUUUAGUGACCAACUCAAGCAAUACCAUCGGUACGGAAAUCCUUUGGGGACACGCAGGAUCCGGAAAGCACUGUUUAAAACCCCAUCACCUAACAAAAGCACAAAAUCUUUAUCAAAACAUAAAUUAUCGAAAAAUACUGAGAACAAGUGAGAGGGGUGAUCCUAUCAGAACCCAUAGUGAUUUAUUACUCAUGCUUAGAUACAUUGGUUUCCACAUUUAAAUAAAGAAGAUGUGGUUCUUUUAAAGGGACAGUCAACAAUAAAAUUGUUAAUGUUUAAAAAGAUAGAUAACACCUUUACUACCCAUUCUCCAGCUUUGCGCA